GGGCCCCCUGCGCGGCGCGAAUUGCACGGCCAAAUUCGGCUGCUUCGACUGCCAAAGCCGAAGUGCCGUAGGCCUGGGAGCCCCACAGAAUCGGCGCGGCAGCCUCGGCGGCUCCGCACGGCAAGCGCACAAGCGAGAGCAGCCCUACCUACAGCAGGGAGGCUGCCCGCGGCGCGCGAGCGAGCGAGCUCCGAAACCAUGGACGAGACGACGACCCCGGCGCGCUUCGACGCCGAGGCCGCGGCGCCGGCGCGGCGCGGCGACGAGCAGAUGCUGCUGGGCCGGCGGCGCGGCCGGGCCGCCGCGCGUUUUAUUGUUGGAGGCGCCGUCGUCUUGAAUCUCGUGGGCUUCGUCGCGUUCCGCGGCGGGCGACCACAGCCCCUCGCGUCGACGGCGCUCGACGCGGUGCAAAUCCCGCGGCGCGUCGUGCGCAUCGACGACUACGACGGCAAGGCGAGGAAAGCAUAUCUGGAAAAGCACUAUUCAAACACGGACGUUCUCGAGGCGUACGGGGAGGCGCCGCGCCGCGCGAUGCGCGAGGAUUUGUUUCGCAUGGCCUACGUCGCGCGCGAGGGCGGCUUUUCCUAUGGUCGAAAUGUGAAGGGCACCACGACGCUGCCGACGCGCCACGCGGCGGUCUUUCCCCGUGUACGUGAUGGCGAUAAGUGGCGGAUCGGCAAUUAUGCCUUCGGGGCCGUGCCCGGGCACCAAUUCGUGGUGGCUGCCUUGCGCGAGGCGUCCCGGAGGACGCUUGCCAGAACCGUGGAGACGUCCGCCGACGCGCGCGCCGCGACGGGGCCGGCGAUGCUGCGGGACGUCUACAAAGCGGGCCGGUCUCGGGGUUUGUACGGCGACGUCGCUUUGCUGGGCGGCGCCAAGAAGCCGCGCGCGGCCCGCAAGGCCUUCGGGCCGCGCGUGAAGAAGGACGAGGUCAUCAUCAUCAUCACGGACGAGGACGACGCCUCGAGUGGCGACGACGGCGCUACUGAUGAUGGCGGCGAUGACUCCGCUACCUACUACGACGAUGCGGGCGACGACGCGGGCGAUGACGCCUAUUACGCUGCGGCAGACGACGCGGGCGAUGACGCCUAUUACGCUGCGGCAGACGACGCGGGUGAUGACGCCUAUUACGCUGCGGCAGACGACGCGGGUGAUGACGCCUAUUACGCUGCGGCAGACGACGCGGGCGAUGACGCCUAUUACUAUGCGGCGGCGGGCGACGAUGCCCCUGCCUACUACUAUUACACGGCCGCGGAUGAUAGCACGUACGGCUACGGGGACGACUCAGCGUACGCAUACGGGUACGACGAUGCCGCGACCUACGGCUAUGGGUACUCUGACGAUGGCGGGGCCUACGGAUACUCCGACGAUUCGUACGGCUACGCAGGCGACGACGGCGACGAUAGCUCGUACGGCGACGACGGCGACGACGGAUCGUACGCUGACGACGGCGACGAUAGCUCGUACGGCGACGACGGCGACGACAGCUCGUACGCCGCUGACGACGGUGACGACAGCUCGUACGCCGCUGACGACGGCGACGACAGCUCUUACGGCGACGACGGCGACGAUAGCUCGUACGCUGACGACGGCGACGAUAGCUCUUACGGCGACGACGACGACGACAGCUCGUACGCCGUCGACGACGGUGACGACAGCUCGUACGGCGACGACGACGGCUCGGGAGACACGUACUCCGGAGACGACGACGACGACGAUGCAACAGUCGCGGCCGCCGACGACGACGACUCCUCGACCGACGACGUCGUCGCGACCGCGGGCUUCUCGUGGGGCUCGCUCUUCACGGACCCCUGGAACUUCAUCAAGGACAACUGGCUGCUGCUCGUCGUGUCGCUCGCGUUCUCGCUCUGCACGUGCUGCUGCGUCCUGUACGUCUGCGGCGGCGGCGGCGGCGGCGGGGGCGGUGGG